CCGGCUGCGGUGAGCAUGUGCCCAGGGGAGCCGGGCUGGGCGCCCGGGCAAGGGCGUUUGAAGGGAACCUGAGCAGGGCGCUUCCCCGGCAGGAUGGAGGCGGCGCCGGGCUCGGAGCCCCGGGACAGGACGCAGGGCGCCGACCCGCGGGACAAGCCCCUGGCCCUGGACGGGGAGGCCCCCGGGCGCCCCGAGGGUAGCGCGGGCUCUGGGCCAGGCCAGCCGCCCCGCGCAGUGACCCCGGGGGAGGCGCCCGCCUCGCAGCCCGGGGGCGGCGGCAAGGCGCAGGCGGCGGAGCAGAUCCUGUCGGACGCCGAGAACCCAGCCGCGCUGGCCGGCACCUUCGUGCAGCGCCAGCUCGGGGCCAUGCUGCAGCCCGCGGUCAACAAGUUCUCGCUGCGCAUGUUUGGCAGCCACAAGGCGGUGGAGCUGGAGCAGCAGCGGGUGAAAUCGGCCGGGUCCUGGAUCAUCCACCCCUACAGCGACUUCAGGUUUUACUGGGACCUCAUCAUGCUGCUGCUGAUGGUGGGAAACCUGAUCAUCCUGCCCGUAGGCAUCACCUUUUUCAAGGAUGAGAACACACCACCUUGGAUUGUCUUCAACGUGCUUUCAGACACCUUCUUCCUGGCCGACCUGGUAUUGAACUUCCGCACGGGCAUUGUGGUGGAGGACAACACGGAGAUCAUCCUGGAUCCACACACCAUCAAGAUGAAGUACCUGAGGAGCUGGUUCCUGGUCGAUUUCAUCUCCUCCAUCCCGGUGGAUUACAUCUUCCUCAUCGUCGACCUGGAGACUCAGGUGGACUCCGACGUCUACAAGACGGCCCGGGCCCUGCGCAUCGUGCGCUUCACCAAGAUCCUCAGCCUGCUGCGUCUGCUGCGCCUGUCCCGCCUCAUCCGCUACAUUCACCAGUGGGAGGAGAUUUUCCACAUGACCUACGACUUGGCCAGUGCUGUGGUGCGGAUCGUUAACCUCAUUGGCAUGAUGCUGCUGUUGUGCCACUGGGACGGCUGCCUGCAGUUCCUGGUGCCCAUGCUGCAAGAUUUUCCUGAGGACUGCUGGGUCUCCAUCAAUCACAUGGUGAACGACUCCUGGGGGAAGCAGUACUCCCAUGCCUUGUUUAAGGCCAUGAGCCACAUGCUCUGCAUCGGGUACGGCCAGCAGGCUCCAGAGGGGAUGACCGACGUCUGGCUCACCAUGCUCAGCAUGAUUGUGGGUGCCACCUGCUAUGCCAUGUUCAUUGGCCACGCCACUGCCCUCAUCCAGUCGCUGGACUCCUCUCGCCGGCAGUACCAGGAGAAGUACAAGCAGGUGGAGCAGUACAUGUCGUUCCACAAGCUGCCUGGGGACACGCGUCAGCGGAUCCAUGAGUACUAUGAGCACCGCUACCAGGGCAAGAUGUUUGAUGAGGAGAACAUCCUGGGAGAGCUGAGUGAGCCUCUCAAAGAGGAAAUCAUCAACUUUAACUGUCGGAACCUGGUGGCCAACAUGCCGCUGUUUGCCAGUGCCGACCCCAGCUUUGUGACAGCCAUGCUGACCAAACUGCGCUUUGAGGUCUUCCAGCCUGGGGACUUCAUCAUCCGUGAGGGCACCGUGGGCAGGAAGAUGUACUUCAUCCAGCAUGGUGUGGUCAGCAUCCUCACCAAGGGCAACAAGGAGACCAAGCUGUCCGACGGCUCCUACUUCGGGGAGAUCUGCUUGUUGACGAGGGGGAGGCGGACAGCCAGUGUGCGUGCCGACACCUAUUGCCGCCUCUACUCGCUCUCGGUGGAUAACUUCAACGAGGUGCUGGAGGAGCACCCCAUGAUGCGCAGGGCCUUCGAGACCGUGGCCAUGGACCGCCUUGACCGCAUCGGUGAGGGAGCACCCACCCCAGGUGCAUGCCAGCCACCCCCACGAAUCUCCUUGCUCCCAGGCAGCUGCUGCACUGGUAAGAAGAACUCCAUCCUCCUGCGCAAGAGAGCGGAGCACAGCUCGGGGGCCAUGAACAAUGAGAUGAUCCAGCAGAUCGUCAAGCACGACCGGGACAUGGCCCACAACAUCCAAGACCUGCAGCAAAUGGCAGUAGGCCGGGAGCUGAGUGGCAAGCCAGUGAUCUGGGAGCCUCUGGUGCAUGCACCGCUGCAAACGGCAGCUGCCACCACCAACGUGGCCAUUGCCUUGACUCACCAGCAGAGCCUGCAGGCCCACAUCUUCCUGCCACCCUCCUCCAUCUCCAGCCCACUCUCGCCUGAGGCCACCCUGCUGACCAGGCAAGUGCGCAGGUCCCAGCCCAGCCUGGGGGGGGGCUCCCAGCCUUCCUCAGUGAGCUCCCAGUCCGGUGUACAGUCCCACCUGCAGACGCCUGCCGCCAACUCCCCUGCAUCCCCCAUGGUCCAGUCCCAGUUGCCUCUGGAAAGUGAGGGGCAGAAAGCUGGCCAUGUGGAACUGCCGCAGCCAAGGCUGGUGCAGAAGGGAGAGCCCCUGGCAAUAGCAAAGCAGCCCCUGAUGGGCUCCCAACCCCAGCUCUCCAAGUCCCGAGGCACGUCAGUUUCCACGUCACUUCUCCAGCAGCCAGCAGGGGCUCCGUCCCCCAGCUCUGAGCAGACGCUCCCAGCAGGGAGAACUCUCCACUACAGCCUGUCCCGAGCCACUGGCUCCCACAUCUCUCUGCCGAUGCAGCCGCAGCAGCUGGUGAAGCACAGGAGCAUCCAGGGCCUACCCAUCGGGAGGCUUACCCAGGACAUCCGGCUCCUGUCGGCAUCUCAGCCAUCCCUGCCCAAUGAAGUCGCCCAGCAAGUGGACGGGAGUUCCUCCCAUCAGGGCAGAAAGUCAGCGGGGAACCUGGCUCACAGGUCAUCUCCCUCAGUAGCUGGACUCACCAAGCCACCCCCUGGGGUUCCAGGCCAGCCAGCACACCCACAGCAGAUGCCUUCAGGAUCUUUGGUCCAAUCCAGCCGGCCCGUGAGCGGAGCGUCCACCCCGCAGUCUCCCGUCUCCAAGCCCAGGCAUGCGGCAUGCCCCUCCCGCAAGGGUUCCGUGGCAUUCAGUCCUGAGGUGGAAAGUGGGAAGCCCAAACUCCCGUCCAACAUAUGAGAGCCCAGGGCUGUGUCCCAGCAUGGGGGAGAGAGGAGUAUGCUCUCUGGAGAGCCGUGCUCCUGGGGCUGUUGGACAUGGGGCUGCGGCAGGGAGAAAGGGGGCCAGCCUCCACCAAGGCCCCCACCCCAGGCUGAGGCUGACUGGGCAAGGAGAGGAGAUGGCCAGGGAUGACCACCUACCAUAGACACCGACUCUGCCAGAGUCAUGUGCCUGGCUGCAGGGCAGGCUCUGCCCAGGGAUCGCUCUGGGAUUCCCCUGACUCCACUGAGGACAGGAAGCCACUAAAAGGCUUCCCCCAUCUGCUCCCCACAGCAAGGGGGCAGCAGGGCCAUGGGCUGGGCUGACUCCAUCAGUGCACUCUGCCUCUCCCUGGGAACACUAACCUUGUAAGGGGACCUUGCCCCUACUCUGUCCCCUCACUCCACCCACUCCCAAGGGGCCCAGCCCUGCCCUGCAGGGCAUAGGCCCCGCUGGGGUGAGCAGCGUCAGGAAGGCACUCGGCAGAUCCUUCCACUCAUGUUAGGAAGUUCUCCCAGCCCCUCCACCUCGCCCAUCCGUCAGCUGCGUCCUCACAAUGGCCUGCUUGAAGCCUUUGCCCUGUGGGGGAGGCAGGGGGAGGGGGAUAGGGCCAGAGCCCCAUGGUGAGGCCUUUCCCCUAACCCACAGCAGAGGACAGAGUGAGGUGGAUGGACCCCAUGGAGAGGCCUUUGCACUGGGGGAGGGCAGAGCGGGAGGGAGGUGGGGGGCUGCAAGGUUGCUGAGAGACUGACAUCCCCCUCACUCCAGCUCCCAAGCCUCUGUACCCAGAGGAGGAUGCCCGGGGCCCCAGGGCGCGGGCUACCAUGGCCAACCCAGGAAGCCAAGAUGAAUCCAUCCAGCACCCUGUGGUCCCAAGCAGCUCCGAGUCCCCAGGACUCCAGGUGUCUCCCCUCUCUCCCUCUCAUCCCCAGCUGGUCUAGUCUGAGAGGCCAGGCCUCAUUCGCUUGGCCUCUGCCCCCAGAGGCUGGCAAGUCACUCCCACUUGUGAGCAUGUCUCAGCUGCUCCAUCUCUCCCAUAGGUGACUUUAAAUGUGUGCAGCAGGAGCCCAUGUGAGUGCCUCUAGCCUAGAGAAUGCAGUUCCCUGGGGAAGGGAGGCAUGUCUCAUCCCUCAGUGCUCCGAGCACCUGGUCGUUAUAGUCAGGUGGUCCCUGCAGAAAGUGGGAGAUCUGGACCCAGCAGAACAGGGCUGUGGGCCAGGGCUGUCCUGGCUGUAACUGUCUGGGCUGGAUUUGAGCUGGUGGGUUCCCUCCAUCUCACAGCUCCUGGCCUGCCCUGGGGUCCAGGAGGCUGCCUCUGAGGACAUAGGCCCAGUGCUGGCUUCCCUGAGAGGCUUGUUCUUGGUAUCUGUGGCUGGUCAGAAGAUGAUUAAUCAACCUCCCCCCCCCUCCCCGUGCAAGGAGCCAGGCCAGGCCUGGAAAUGCAAAAGCUGAAUAGAAACAUCCCGAGGUCCCUCAGGACCUGUGCUGGGUGGCCAUAGGUGAUGUGCAUUCCUAUGAGACAGGCUCUGAUGGAUGUUCUGGGAGCCUUGGGGCAGCCAGACCCAGAGACCUGACUGAAGGGCCUCCUUGGCUGGGUCUUGUCCCCUACACUGUAUUGAGGCAAGGAGCACAGGCUAAGGGCAGGGGCUGCAGCUCAGGGCUCUCAGCAUCAUCCUGAGAUGUGCAUUUCUCACUAGGCAUGUUCUUGGCAGACCAGACGGUUUCCUGCUCCCCUCUUGUGGGAAGGGACUUGCAAACGAGUUUUGCUACCUCUGCUCUCGACUGCUAGCUCCUGCACCCCCGGAGGGUCUUUGAGAGCUGAUCCAUGGGGUCUCUCUCCUCUUACCUCGCAGGCUGGUGCCUAUUGCCUGGGGUUAGUCUGAGUGAGCAGCAUUGUCCCAGGGAGUUGGAUGUCAGGAAGGGUUGGUCCCCACCCGCUGUCCAUGGUCAAGUCUUGCUAAAGACCCAGCCCCGGUUUCUUGAGGUCAGUCCAAGAUGCUCUUUGUCAGCAUUAAAGUGACUCCAGGGAGAUUGCAGAGGAGAUGCUCACGUCCCCCCACCCCAUGCUUGUCAGUCAUGCCCCAAUCACUGCCUGGAUCUCAGCUUGAAGCAAUGUUGCUUCCUGCACUUGUAGCCUCCCCAGGGGGAGGAUUCUGCGACCCUGUACAGAAGGGUCAGGAUUUUCGGGGAGUCUCCCAGCUCAGCCCGAGCUGCCCCUCUCCAGGAACCAGUAGUUAGCAAUGUGUGUGCGAGUCGUGGCUCUGCUAAGCAGCUGAAUUCUGCUUACGGUGUUGCUUUUGGGUCCAAACAUGUUACUGAUUCGGGUUAGAGUAGUGCCCCCCACCCCCAACUCCACUGUGCUGUAUAGCUUCUUUCCACUACCAGUCAGGAUAAUCGUAUCUUGUAGUCCCUGCUCUGGGAGGACUGACAAUGUCAACAAUAUGGAGCUCAGCCCUGUAGGUACCUGUGCUAGAGGCGAUAGGCCCAGCCGUGGCUAGGCACAGUGUUGGGCUAGGGGUUCUUUUCGUACAAUACUUCUUGAAGGUAAGUUGUUCAGUUCUUCUCUUCAUUCGUAUUUUGGGAUGUUGGGACCAGAGUCUUCACUGCAGGACAAAGAGGGGGAGCUCAGCCCUUGGCAGAGUUCAGUCCAGUGGGAAUCACUUUGAUGCCUGUAUUGGAGGGAGUAUUCAGCACUGCCUUCUCAUGGACUUGAGUGUCCUUUCCCUCUGUCCCUGCCUCUCCCUCCUUCCACUUGGCCCCCUGUGUCUGUCCCAGCAGCUCCUCUGGAAGGGGCCUGCAGUCAGGUCACUUAGAUUCAAACAUUCCAGGAUCUUAUUGUUUACACUACGUAACGUAGAGACAUUUGUAGCAAUUGUGGUAGGAUUCCAUUGAGAGGAAGAGUGCCAAGGUGUGGGCUGGCCCAGGUGGCAACCGCAGAGCCGUGGCCCUCUUUCCACAGCAUCUGGAACCUUUCUGGUCUUUCCAGAGAGGAAACCAUACUCUGUGUGGCUGUGUCGCCCUGCGACUCCUCCCCUGCAGGUUCCCUAUCAUUGCUAACCCCGGGCAGCCCUGCUGCUGAGAGUGCCAGUAUUCACGGUGCUCUGGGUAACCCCCAGCACAGUACCACUGUGCUGCCCAGCCUUGUUCUAAGCAGGGUUACAAAUGCAGCAGCCGUGUCUGUCUGCGUCACCCCAAGGAGGUGGGGGGGCAUUAGAUGCAGCAGGACAUAGCUCCUGCCCUAGAGAGAGGCUGUCACUCCUAUCCAUAUUAGCAACAGGGGGAAUCGGCUGGGGAGAGGCCACAGUAGAAGGAGAGAGAGAGUGUGUGUGUGUGUGUGUGUGUGUGUGUGUGUGUGUCUAGUCACCAAAGACCAUGAUCCUUCACUCUUGCACUCACAGCAGUCGAUGUACAGAGCUUGUAGUUUUCAUAUUGCAGAGACUUUAAAAGCGUUUUUUAAUUUUUAGUCAUUGUACAUAACAGAUUUAAAUAAUAAAGAGCGACUCCAAGUUGGCA